AUGUCCACUCAGGAUAAAUCCGACGCACAGAAGAAUAUUACCAAAUGGGCGAGCACAGAUGGACACUUCAGGCGUCAGGUGUCUUCGUUUAGGGAUAUUAUCGAAAAGGAUGGCAAGUUUCAACCUGAAAAGGGUCGGUACCAUAUCUUUGUCUCAUAUGCGUGUCCUUGGGCCCACCGUGUGUUGAUCACCCGAAAGUUACUGAAGCUUGAAGAUAUAAUUGGCCUCAGCGUCGUUUCUCCGCGCAUGGGUGCGCUUGGCUGGCCAUUCGCAGCUGCCGACGAGUUCCCCGGUGCAGAUCACGACCCAAUUCAAAACUCUAAUCACGUUCGUGACUUGUACUUUAAAUCUGAUCCGGAGUACUCCGGAAGAUUUACUGUUCCAAUCGUUUGGGACACGAAGACAUCGACAAUUGUCAAUAACGAAAGCUCGGAAAUUAUCCGUUUUCUCAAUACUGCAUUCCGAGAUCUUGCGGAGCCCAGUGAUAUUGAUAUUUACCCCGAAGCGCUGAGGAAGGAGAUCGACGACUUCCAUUCAUGGGUUUAUGAUACAGUCAACAACGGCGUAUACAAGUGUGGGUUCGCGACCACUCAGGAGGCAUAUGAAAGCGCGGUUGGACCACUGUUCCAGUCACUGGACCGCCUCGAGAAGAUGAUCGAAGGUAAAGACUAUUAUAUCGGAGAUCGUCUCACGGAAGCCGAUAUUCGAUUGUACACCACGAUUGUGCGAUUUGACCCAGUGUACCACGGUCACUUCAAAUGCAACCUCGGCUCUAUUCGGCACAAUUACCCCAACAUUAAUCGUUGGAUGAAGAACUUGUAUUGGAAUGUGCCCGCCUUCAAGGACACCACGAAUUUUGAGCAUAUCAAGACGCAUUACUACUGGUCCCACACGCAAAUUAAUCCCACCCGCGUUGUACCUCAAGGCCCAAACCCCAACAUCGAAGCUCUCUGA